GCACCCCGGUUAGACUGAACAGCACUCCGGUUAGCUUGAAUAGCACCCCAGUUAGCCUGGAUAGCGCUCCGGUAGCCUGUUAACGGUUAGCUUUCAAGCCGGUUUCGGUGGCGCAGCGGUAAGGAGUAGCGCUUGCGGGUCGCCUGUCACAAUGUUCUUCUUACGAUGUUUUAUUUCAUAAAAAAUUUCACUGCCAGUCAUGUAGUUUAUUUGAAACCUUGACCAGUUGUCGGUCAUAUAUCCACAGCGUAACAUAUAAUAGUUAUCCUUUUCUUAAUUCUAAGCGUGGAAAAUAUGAAAACCGUGUUAUCAUUUUCAUAAACGAUAUCCGAUUGUACUUUCGCAUAAAUUUAUUGCAUCGUCGUGACACACGUCACGACAUUUCUAGUUAAGAUGGCGUCGCUCGAAACAGUUUCGGCGACUGAAGAGAUUUCUCCGAAUCUUGACAGACUUCUAAAAGACGUUUCAAGUGAACUAGGCCCCGAAGAACUUAAGCAAGUUGUAUCUUCUAUCAAAAGCAAUUUUAAAGGCAAAUUUGAGGACCAACAAGAACGGGAUUUGUACUCAUGUCUGCAUUUACUUGCUAAUCAAGGUCUCGUGUCCGAGGACAAUCUAACUUUGUUAGAGAGGUUUGUCACUCCUAAAACAUCCAAGAAGGAGACAAUCCAAGAAAAGAUUCAAGGUUUCAAAACAGUCCGCCAGCGAGAGACCAAGACAAAGGAGAAAUUGACUGGAAGAGACAACGACUUGAACCAAGUAAUGACAAAGCUAACGACAGGGAGUUCGAGUGUUGUUAAUUUGUAUGGAUCCAGUGGCGUAGGCAAGACAAGGCUUGCCAUAGAAACGUUCGCUAAAUGGCCAGGGAGGAAAUUCAAAGUCGACUUUAGAGGAAUAAAUGAGAUGACAAGCGUUCACUUCCACGUCCUGAACGCAUUAACCGAACCGGAGCAAACGGUCUUAGACUACAAAGCAAAUCCAGUCAUUGCUCAAAUGGAACAACUGAAGCGAGACAGCAAAAGCGACAUCUUGUUACUUCUGGACAAUGUUGAUCAAUUUGCGGGAGGAGAUGGAGAGGCUGCCUCAGACCUGAACGCAAAUUUUGUGACGUUUCUCAGGAAACUUCUUGGUCCCAAGGCUGAUGAAGGAAAAUCAAAUUCGAAAAUUUUGUUGACUUCGAGAACUACACUUAGUCACGGCGACACUCUCGAUGUCGAUAAUUACGAGGUGAAGGCUUUGGAUAACGCUUUCGCAAGCUCACUCCUUCAAACCCUUGGAAAUCGUAGCCUUGAAGAAGAUCAAAUGGAGAAGUUGGUGAAAAUGUGCCGUGGGAAUCCCCUCAUCCUGAACGGGAUGGCCGCUAUCUUAAGGCAGAAGAUAGCAGAUGAUAAAAAGCUCCUUGAAACCAUAGAGCAAGAGAUAGUGACCGAGUCUUCAGAAACGGGAUUACCACCUGCAGAAAAGGUUACACCGGUUACACAGGAGAGAGAAAUAUUUGACUACAAGAAAGAAGGAAUCGACGAAGAUCAAGAAAACUGCUUGAGAAAAAUGUUUUUCUUCCUACCGAGUAAAAGGUUAAAAGAGAGUGCCGUUUCUGUGUCGUUAUUCUCUCGUUCUUUCUCCGCCGAAGCAGCUGCUACCACUCUCGGUGUGGACCCUACGGAGGCUGUUAUACAGCUGGAGGGUUUGCGAAACAGCAAAGUCGUAUCGGUUGAUCCAGAGGCGAAGGUCCUUUCCUACGACAUUCAUCCACUGAUGCGUAAGUUUCUACGAAGCAUCGGUAACAGUAACGUCUUCAUCAAAGUUUACCAGAAAGCAAGUGACCGUUUUUGUAAACUUUUCAUGUCUGACAUGAAAGACAUUUCAGCUAUUUUGGACGAAAACUACAUCGAUGCUUUCAACAGGUUUGACCUUGACAAACCUAACUUUGAGCUUGCCUUGAAUAUCUCACUGAAGUUAGACCACUUGCUUAUUCCAGAAGAACAUCAUGAAAGUAUUAUGAUUUGUUAUCUUUUUGAGGCCAUGCUUGAUGAAAAACAGAGAAGAAGCAUUUUCAACUCUUGGUCUGAAAAGGCGGAGGAUGACGGAAAGAAGGGCUCCUUACUUCGAGCAGAAUUAAAAUGCCGAGAGGCUUUGCAGGUUCUAAAGCUGGAAGGAUGGCAAAGAGCUUCGGAAGUCUUAAAGAUGGCGAAUGAGUCACUGAAAACAGUACAGAAAGAAACCAAACGCAGCGAAUUCUUCAAGCUUACUCGGAGCUCUUACCUCUUUGUCCAGGGUGAAGUAUACUACAGAGCAGGAAAUAUGGCAAAAGCGCUAAAAAUCUUGCAUCGGUCUCUGAAGAUAAUGGAAGAUAUCCUACACACCAGUCACACCAGCAUUACAAGAUGCCUGAACGCCAUCGGCAAUUGCCACAACAGGCUGGACCAACCAGAAGAGGCGAUAAAGUAUUAUACCAGAGCUUAUGAAAUGAGGAAGGAGCUCUCUGGUUCAAUGAAUCACUUUGACGUGCCAGUUUUCAAAGGUCAGAUCGGUACAGUCUAUGAAGGAAAAGGUCACAUCUAUCAAAAAGAGCGACAGGACGACGAAGCAAGCAAGCAAUUUCGCAAGGCCAUCGAAUGCUAUCACGAGGCGUUAGAGCUCGCUAAGGAACUUAAAAUCCCAGGAAUGUUAAACACAGCGAUAUUUAACAGAAACAUUGCAAACACGUACGCGUGGUUAAGAGAGUUUGAAGAAGCCUGCCAACCUGCAAAGAACGCGUACGAGAUCAGGAAAGACAUUCUAGGAAACCAUCCUGACACUGCACGAAGUGCUUUCCAAAUGGCAGAACUUUGUCGAAGUUUACAGGACUAUGAUGAAGCGGAAGAUUACUACGAACAAGCUUGGGAGAUUGAAAAAUCUCUGGGACAAGGAAACCACAGUGAAGUUAUGGUCAGACUCAUCGAAGCUUACGAAACGUUGCUUAAAGGGUUGAGAAAGGAAGAAUUUCAAAAGGAAACGUUUGAGUUUUAUCAACGUUACUGGAACGAAGAAAGAGAAUUCGAAGGAUUUGAAUUUUCUUUGGCCAACAGGACAGUCAUUGAUUCGAUUAACAAACGGCUUGGUGGCUUGGCUGACAGGCAGACACAGAAGAAAUACCAAAGAGAAGCUCUUUGGUUUUACGAAGGGGCAUGGAAUUCUCCAGACACCAAAAAGCUACCGGAUGGUCACAGAGAAGAGAUUCUUCAAGGCCUUUUGCGCUGGUGUAACAUUCUCCGUGAGAAGGAUCUGCUCAAACGUUACGAAGCCGAGGCAUUCAGAUUUUACGAAAAGCUGUGGAAAAAGAACAAGGAAAAGAUGGAAAAGCAAGACAGAAUAGACAUUCUCACCAAGCUUGAAAACUACGCGUCAUCACUUAAGGACAAGAAGAAGGCCCAGAAGUAUGGGAUCUUGUUGAAGGAAAACAAACGGAGCCGUACAGUUGUGGGAUUCGUUAAAUCUCUUUUCUCAUUUGGAUCAGCAGCUGCAAAGCUGUCAAGCAAUGACGAUGAUGACUCUGAUAAAGAGGUCGAUGAUCAAGACGAUGAUGACGAUGAUGACGAUGAUGGUAGUAAUGGCAGCCAAGACCUCACUGAGCAGUUAUCACAACUUGCAGUUGACGAGCAGGAGCUGGAGGAGUUAGAGAAUCCGGAUGAUCAAGAACCAGAUAAGAUAAAAAUACACGAAGGCAAAGUAUUAGGCGAGGGUGAGACCUGGAACCUUCAAGAAGCUGCUGCAUCUGUCACAUUUUUUCGAGGAGCCAUAACAAAAUCCUUCCUGAUUACUUGUUCGUUAUGGAAUCCCAGGAUCCUCUAUCCACCUCUUGGCAGUAAUGAGGUCUUGGUAAGCAACGUGAUUGAACUGUCACAUGACGGUCCACCUGACCUGGAGUUCAGUGGAGAUCCCCAAGGAGGCGUUACUGUUGCCUUGUUGCACAGUGCCUCUAAUUUCAUGGGGUAUGAAGUUGUUAUCAAGCAGUUGGCUGACCCGGAAAACAAUGAGUGGAUAGAUUUGGUGACCAACACCUUUUGGCAUACAUCAGCUAAAUCUACUGUUCCCAACUGGCUUUUCCCAUUUGCUGAAGCUGCAUGCUCAUUAACACGUUAUUCCUCCUUUGCCGCAAUUUGGCGCCUCAAAUCUUUCAUUUUUCGGAAGCCCAAGCCUGUCACUCCUGAAUUUACUUGUAAAGUGCCAGACUAUCCAGAUGUCAGUGUUUCAAUCCCUUGGAAAUCUGUGCCUGCCAAAGACGACUACUGUUUGACAUUAAAGGUUCAAGAACUUACAAGUAUUGGCCCUAACGGAGAGGGAAUGUUAGUUGGUCCAGUCCUUCACAUAUCAUCUUCUCACAAUGUUGAACUUUUGGAACCAGCAAGAAUCACGAUCCCUCUUACGUUCUUUCAAGGCAGGGGGGAUUUGGCAAACACAGUUUCUGAUCAGUGGAGGAUAUUGCACUAUUCAAAAGAAAAAUUACAAGAAUGGACUGAAAGUACGGAUCAGUUAGUGAUGCCGCCAGUUCUUGCAAAUGGAAUAGUGACAUUCCAAGUCAAACAUUUCUGUCGGAUUUGGUUGUGGUGGUUAAAGAAGCCCUUUGAUGGCCUAAGGCAACUUGCUUCUGACCUAUACAAAGGAGUCAUGGGACAACAAGCAGGAUUUUUAGCUUUCUUGUGCGAUGUGGGAAAUGUAACACCUACCAACUAUCUACUGACUCUGAGCUGUUUCCCAAUUCACUUGAGAGAUCAAGUGAAUAGGCGUAUAUCGUCAACAUAUCUUGUGAAAUUUCAAGGAGAGGGAUCAUCAGAGGAGCCGCUUUGUACUAACGACCAGGCAUUCGUAUCUUUUUCUGAGGCAUUUUCGCUUCAGCAAAGUGGAAACACAGAAGACCCCUACCUUCGGUUUCUUGGAAAUGCACCAUUUAAGAAAAGUUGGCCUGUUACCAUUCUUGACCCUGGUAAUAUGCAAGUAGACUUCUUCAAAUCGCAGGACGGCCAGGACAGAAAGCGAAGCCUAUGUACACUGUACAUUAUUCCAAGAUCUCCAGUACAGGUCCUUUUUGUCUUUUCCUAUUCGACUUCAUGUAUCUGUUAUCCACUAAGUUCCACAAAAAGGCUAAAUUAUGUACAAAUGAUCCUUUUUAGUUAGCCAAGGAGCAAAAACAGUGCUAAAGCUUCAUACUUGACUUGAGAUGAAAAAAGAAAACUAUGUUUUGCAGCAAAGGUUUCAGCAAAAUGCACUUAUAGUUACAUGGCCCAUGGAACAAUAAGAUAUCCAAUUGUCACAUCCAAAACGGUAGUCUGAGUCUCUACCGCGAAGCAACUCAAGCUAUUGGUUAGCAGAGAACAGGACACUUACCCCACGACCUAUGGCUGCUUAAACUCGAACCGUAAUCGAUCCUUAAAGACGGAUCAUUAUUUUUUUAACAUGAAAUUGUUUUUCGACAUCAGGUUGUGCAU